ACACUAUGAGUAUCCCCUGGAGAAGUCAGUUCUAGAGAAUAGAAUAUCAAGUAGAAAAUGUAUUUUCCAUUACUUCAUGUUGACAGAGAAUGUUUCCCUCCUAUACAUAGUAGCAUUGAAAUGACAUCACUCCAGCUGUGGCCCCUCCUCCUCCUCCCCGUUCUACUGGUCAACUUCUCCAACCAAUUAGAUGACAACAAGAUCCCGCCCAGUCUGUGUACGGGACACCCAGGUAUCCCAGGUACCCCUGGGGUGCACGGCAGUUCUGGCCAACCAGGAAGAGAUGGGAGGGACGGGCGUGAUUCUGUCCCUGGGGAGAAGGGAGAGAAGGGAGACAGGGGAGAGACAGGUACAGUGCACCAUACUUUCUACAACAUACUGUGGACUAUAAUGAUCCAUGAGUCUUCCCCUGGUUUAAUUGGUUUGCUGUUGAUUCAAGUGUUAUUGAAUGAACAGUAGUAACAGCAUUGUGUCUAUUCUCCCUAAAGGCGAGUCAGGCUUUAGGGGUCUCACUGGAGACCAGGGGAACCCUGGCGAUAAAGGAGACAGGGGGCAGUCGGGGGAGUGCGCCGUCGCUCCCAAAUCUGCCUUCAGCGCCAAGUUGUCAGAGGGCCGCACCAUGCCCGUGGCAGCGGAAGACGCUGUGCGCUUUGACAAGGUAACGCUAAACGAGCAGGGCGACUACGACACGGAAACAGGACGCUUCACCUGCAAAGUGCCCGGCGUCUACUACUUUGCGGUCCACGCCACCGUCUACCGGGCCAGCCUGCAGUUUGACCUGAUGAAGAACGGUCACGCAAUGGCGUCCUACUUCCAGUUCUACGGGAACUGGCCCAAGCCGGCGUCUUUGUCCGGCGGCUCGCUUUUGCACCUCAUCCCGGGCGACCAGGUGUGGGUGCAGAUGGCGUUGGGAGAGUACAGUGGUUUCUACUCCAGCUCUAAGACUGACAGCACCUUCACUGGCUUCUUGGUGCACUCGGACUGGAAAAAUUCUGCUGUCUUCGCCAAGGGCGAAGUGGUAUAGACAUUGGGGGGACCAAGUCUGCUGUGGGGGCUGGGGGUCCUCCCCCAGAAAAUGUAAAACUAAUUUACUGCCAUUCUACAUGAUUCAUGGCCUCUCUACAAGGUUAUUAGAAAACUCUGGUCUUUGAAUAAACACAUUAAGCAAUGUUACAGAAAUAGCAGUAGGCUAUGGCACAUACCAUACUGAGUUGUGAUGAUGAAUCAGGUGAACUGUAGUGCUUUCAGCUGUGCUUCAUGUUAGCCAUUUGACUGCUGCUGUGCGAUGGUGAAUCGUUUUAACAGAUGUUCUGACGGUGGCCCUACACAGUUUUGGGCCUACAUGUAUCAUCGUUUUUUUGCCUUUACAACACAAGGACGGCAUAUGGGGUUUAAAUGAGACGUUGGCUCCUGCACUUGGCAGGAAUUGUUAACAUAAGAAGGUUAUAUGUCCAGUUUUGUGGUGGAGACGUAAAGAGGAUUCAAUAAGGCAUCAUACAGGUAUGUGAGCUGUUUAGGGCUUCCAAGUGUGACAUCAUUGACUGAUGUCAUGAUACUUAGCCAGUAUUUUGUGCAGAAAAUGAAUUGUAAAGUAUUCAAACUGAAGCCCUACAAUACUUUUCACAAUCUUUGAACUUAUCUGUCUGUGCAACCUUCAUUUAUGUCACCAAUAAAACAUUUAACUUUCAUAA